GGAAGUGACGGGUGGAUUUGUUGACAGCGGAGGCUGUUGCGGGGAGGGGGGGCGGGAGCGGACCCUGAGGAGGACACACAGACCCCCGCCCCCGGGGACCGGAACCGGAACGAACCUGGAUCCCCUCUACCCAGGGAGCCGGGCAGGGGCCUCGGGCCAGAUGUCCUAAUGUCCCUGUAAAUCCAACUGGAAAUCUCCUGAGGUUGGGGGGCAGGGAUCCCUUGAAUUGAAAAGCUUCCUUCUGCCACAGUUCCCUGCUCCCCCUGCCCUCCACCACUGUUCCCUGAAGAUGGCAUCUGACAGCCCAGAGUCGCUGAUGACAUUAUGCACAGACUACUGCCUCCGCAACCUGGAGGGGACCCUCUGCUACCUACUGGACAAUGAGACUCUCCGGCUUCACCCCGAUGUCUUCCUGCCGAGUGAGAUCUGUGACAAGCUCGUCAAUGAGUAUGUGGAGCUGGUGAAUGCAGACAGCAUCUUUGAACCCCAUGAGAGCUUCUUCACCCUGUUCUCAGAUCCUCGGAGCACCAGGCUAGCCCGAAUCCAUUUGCGGGAGGACGUAGUGCAGGACCAGGACCUGGAAGCCAUCAGAAAGCAGGACCUUGUUGAGCUGUCCCUGAUUAACUGUGAGAAGCUGACAGCCAAGAGCCUGCAGACCCUGCUGAGCUUCAGCCACACUCUAGUUUCUCUCAGCCUCUUUGGCUGCAGUAAUCUCUUCUACGAGGAAGAGAACCCAGGAGGCUGUGAAGAUGACUGCCUGGUGAACCCCACUCGCCAGGUCUUGGUCAAGGACUUUACCUUCGAGGGCUUCAGCCGCCUGCGCUUCCUGAACCUGGGCCGUAUGACUGAGGGGGUGAACGUGGAGACAUUGCUUCGACCUUUGGCCUCCCUCACUGCCCUGGAUCUCUCUGGGAUCCAGCUCAAUGAUGUGGCAUUUCUGACCCAGUGGAAGGACAGUCUGGUUUCCUUAGUGCUUUACAACAUGGACCUUUCAGAGGAGCACAUCCAAGUGAUCUCACAGCUCCGCAAGCUCAGGCACUUGGAUAUUUCCCGAGACCGCCUGUCCAGUUAUUACAAAUUCAAGCUGACCCGGCGGGUGCUGAGCCUGUUUGUGGAUAACCUGGUAGACCUCUCCUCGCUAGAUAUCUCAGGGCACACCAUGCUGGAGAACUGCACCAUCUCAAGCAUUGAGGAGAAAGUGGGUCAGAUAAGCAUUGAGCCAUCAAAGAGCAGCAUUGCCCCCUUCAGGGAUCUGAAACGACCGCUUCAGUUCCUGGGCCUCUUUGAGACCUCUCUUUGUCGUCUGACGCAUAUUCCAGCCUACAAGGUGAGUGGGGACAAGAAUGAAGAGCAGGUGCUGAACGCUAUCGAGGCAUACACUGAACACCGGCCCGAAAUCACGUCCCGGGCCAUCAAUCUCCUUUUUGAUAUCGCCCGCAUCGAGCGCUGCAACCAGCUGUUGAGAGCACUGCAGCUGGUGAUCACAGCUCUCAAGUGUCACAAGUACGAUAAGAACAUCCAGGUGACUGGGAGUGCAGCCCUUUUCUACCUAACGAAUUCAGAGUAUCGGAUGGAGCAGAGCGUGAAGCUGCGGCGUCAGGUGAUCCAGGUGGUGCUGAAUGGCAUGGAGUCUUACCAGGAAGUGACAGUGCAGCGGAACUGCUGCCUGACACUGUGUAACUUCAGCAUCCCAGAGGAGCUGGAAUUCCAGUACCGUCGUGUCAACGAGCUGCUGCUGAACAUCCUCAACCCUACUCGGCAGGACGAGUCCAUCCAGCGCAUCGCUGUACACCUCUGCAAUGCCUUGGUCUGCCAAGUGGACAACGACCAUAAGGAGGCUGUGGGCAAGAUGGGGUUUGUCAUGACCAUGCUAAAGCUGAUUCAGAAGAAGCUGGUGGAUAAAACAGCUCGACAGUGUGAUCAGGUGAUGGAGUUCUCCUGGAGUGCCCUGUGGAAUAUCACAGACGAAACCCCCGAUAACUGUGAGAUGUUUCUCAACUAUAGUGGCAUGAAGCUCUUCCUGGAGUGCCUGAAAGAGUUCCCAGAGAAGCAGGAGCUGCACCGUAACAUGUUGGGGCUUCUGGGAAAUGUGGCGGAGGUAAAAGAGCUCCGCCCACAGCUCAUGACCUCCCAGUUCAUCAGUGUGUUCAGCAACCUGUUGGAGAGCAAAGCAGAUGGGAUUGAGGUAUCUUACAAUGCAUGUGGGGUUCUCUCCCACAUUAUGUUUGAUGGCCCAGAGGCUUGGGGUAUCUGUGAGCCACGCCGAGAGGAAGUAGUAGACAGGAUGUGGGCAGCCAUCCAGAGCUGGGACAUUAACUCCAGAAGAAAUAUCAAUUACAGGUCAUUUGAACCGAUCCUUCGACUCCUUCCGCAAGGGAUCUCUCCUGUCAGCCAGCACUGGGCUACUUGGGCUCUCUAUAACCUCGUCUCUGUUUACCCUGACAAAUACUGCCCCCUGCUGAUCAAAGAAGGUGGAAUGCCCCUUCUGAAGGAGGUGAUUAAGAUGGCUUCAGCACGCCAGGAGACCAAGGAAAUGGCCCGGAAAGUUAUAGAGCACUGCAGUAACUUUAAAGAGGAGAACAUGGACACUUCCAGAUAGAGGCAAUGAUCUAACAACGCCUCUUGCCAGCACUGUAUCCAGCUUCUCUCUAAUUCACUGUAUAUAGAGAGGACUCUUUCUCACCAGCUUGGCUGUUGGAAGGAACCUGCGUGUGUGUGUGUAUAUGUGUAUGGGUGUGUGUGUGUGUGUGUGUGUGUGAGAGAGAGACACUCAGUAGAUGAAGGUGCACAGGGGUGGGGUGGGGGGGGACCUUUUGCACAACAAAUGCUUUCCUUAAAUUAGUAGGUUUUUCGUUAUGAAGUACGGAUUGAAGUUUUGUGUAUAUGAUUUCUGUAUAAAAAACAAAAAAAAUCAUGUAUCUUUUGACCUUUUUUAGACCACAUGAGAAGCCUCAAAUGAAUGUGAGCUUGAAGAUCUAGCUGUGUGAUUGAUAUUGUGACUUUUUUAUUUCACACCUUUAGACAAUUCCCCUUCACUAUAUUGCAUGAGGUCUUGUCAUGUUCACAAGAACAGCCAGUCCAGCAUCAUGGCCACAUCUCUACAGUGGGGUUGUAGGCACUGAUCAAUGAUUUAUUUGCCUAGAGGGGAAAAAAUAAUGGUAAGAGAUUGAGACCAAAGGGAUCCUAAUAUUUGUAAGUAGAAUAGAAAGGGGAGAAAGAGCCUUCAAGCCAUUUCAGUUGGUUUUUGUAUGGGGGUGCUACUAGUGGAAGCUUGAUGGAUUGUAUCAAGUGCAUUUGGAAAUUCCUUGCUGUAAAGCAUUCCCAUUAACCCUUUAAACCCAGGAAUUGUUACUUUGCCCAGUAGCGCUACAGUGGUAGCUUUUAACCACCUGGCACCACAGGGUGAAGGAAAGGCCUGAAAACCCAGCUGCCCCACCCUUGAGAAUGGAGGGUGUUUUCCUGCAAGGGAUACUGUGCAAUGAAGAAUCAGGUUCAUUCACAGAAGGGUCCAAUAUCUCUGGCUCUCCAUGCAAAUCCUUUUACCACCUCUUUUUUUUAAAUUGCGUUUUCUGUGUUUUAUGGUACAGGCUGCAAACACCAGAGGGUGGGUUUCCCCUCACCCCUGGCCAGCUCUCUCUGGGACCCAGGCCAGUCAUUACAGCAUGAUUUGGUGACUUUGGAAUUUGUGAGGGACUGGGAGUUUUCUCUCUUUUCUUAAGUCUGGGCCAACAUUUGCCAUGUUAAAGGGGAUUCAGCCUCCCUGUGUGUCAAACACAUUGCAGCACAAACCCUUUGGUCAAGAGUGCCGACUGCCAUUCCACUCCACUCACACACACUCGCCAUGUCUUCUGGGAGACAAAAGGCCCCACUUUCCUCCAAUUCAUGCCAGUACUAACCAGUACAACUCUAUUCGCCUCAGUGGCAUUAUGCCUGAUUUACAGUGGUGCAAGUGAGAGAGAAAUCCAGCUCAGGAUCUUCAUCUGUAUGACUUGCCAAGGUUUGCCUUAAAGCUAGGUCCCCCAGCAGCGCAUUGUGCAACCUGCAGAACCCAAACUUAGGAACCCGCUCCUUGUCCUGGUUCUUUCACAGUUAAGAUAAUCUUCUCCCCUUAGAAAUGGCUAUGUAUCCAGGAGCAGCCAGGAGAGAUUUGGCCUACUUGAGCUGGAACAUUUCAGGCCACUGAGACAGCCACUCUCCCAAGGCUGCUCUCUCCUCCUAUCUGUUGCGCUCUGAUUUGAUUCACUGCUAUGACUGAGGUUCUCCUGAUGCUCGGGGUAAAUGCUGUGGUCAUUGUGCCUGGUAUGGACAAUUCUUAGAGCCUUUAAGUGACAGGACCCAGCUGCCCUGGAGAGGUUUAGUUUUUCUGCUCAGAUGGCGUUAAUGUAUUUUUUUUCCUUUUUAACCCCAUGUCAUUUGUUUUGAUGUUGGGCUUUGUUUGUUUGUUUGUUUCCUUCCUUUUAAGUACUUUUCAAACUUAUAUAUAGAUAUAUAUACUUGUGUCACUUUUGAUUGUUUUCAUGUGUUUUGGAAAAUUUGACAAAUUGUACUUUUGAGGUUCUUUGCUUCAAAUGUAUUUCCCUUUCCCCCCCUCUCCCCAAGGACUUGCAUCUGAAUAAGCUUCGGAACAGGGAGCUGAUUUCAAAGUACAUGCUCAUGCUUGUCAAUCUUUCAGUUAGAUCCAGAACUAGAUGGGGCUACAAACAUUGCUCACCUGUCUCCUUGCCCAUGGAGAGCCUGGGCUUAGCAUUUGUUCAUGUAACUAUCCAUUCCGUGCUGAGAGGCUAAUGCAGAUAGCCUAAAGCACUUGCAGUUCUGCCCAUCUCUUGGAGUACCACAGAUGUGAGAGCAACAAGGAACUUGAUAGGGUCCCCUCUGUGCACUAACAACUGCUAUGUUGAUGGAGCUGAUACCACUCAGUACUUCCCAACCAUGGUUAAUGCAGGAUUUGGCCUUGCAGCAUAGCCAGAACCAAAUGAUGCUUUAACCAUAGUCUACCAGGAUUUUAGCAGGAUAGCACUGUGUUUUAGGAACACAGUUAAAACAUGGCUUGUUUCCAUCUGUUACGAGACUGAAUUGUGUCAGGGUCUGCUGUAUUGUAACCAGGGUUUUAAUGUGACAUGUGGGUGUGGAAGCUUGGAGGACACCUGUGACCACCAGCUCCGGGACACAUCUACAGGAAGCUGCUGUUUUUGCACAGUUUGAUUAUGUCCCAUGCUUCCUGAGAAGCCAGUCACUGUAUGGAUGUAAUUGACCUCCAGAGGGAUCAGCAACUCAAUGGGAAAGUUAAGGAGGUUGCAGCUGAAUACUGCUCCUACCUAGUUCAUAGCUUCCCACAGUGUGGCUUGUCCUUCCUGUUAUGACUUGUCUGCUCCACCUGGUUCUGAGUGCAGGGAGAGAUGGAACACUUGCUUCAGCUUUGCCAUCUACCACUUUCUCCCCACAUGUGACUGAGAUCUUGUACUGCAAUCUGCAUUGGCUUGGCACUUGUUCCACCAGGCCCAAGGAGAUAUGAGGCAUAGUUUGUGGAAAACAGUGUUAACGGGCCCAGCUUGGACAGGGAACAGUAUCAUCUGCUCUCUGCUUACUGACGCUCUUUAAUGUACAACUUAUCCUCUGAUCAUCUAUCUGCAUCUAUCUACUCCUUUCCCCAACACCAUAGCUAGAAUUAUCUUAUCCUUGCUGCUAUUGCCAGUGUUGCUGACACAGUCACUGGAUACAAGCCCCUAGGAUAGCUUUAAAAAUAACUUAAGAAGAUUGGAAGGCAGGAUGAUGGCUGGGGCAGAGGCUGGUGUGGGGAAAGGCAGGAUGGGGGCAGGAGAUGAGUUAAAUUUGUCUGAUGCCUCCACAUCUAACCUGUGAUGAGAGGUCACUCCAUAUUUGAGAAGUAAAUGCUAAAACAAGAGCUGAGCCUUAACUCAGCAAAAGCCCUUCAGAGACAGACCCUAGGACGAUUGCUAAGAUCCCCUUGGGUGUGGAGAUGGGCCUGAGACUGAACCAUAAGCAAAAUCUUUUCAAAGUUAUUCUGUGUUUGUGAGGACUGAUAGGUUCACACAGGUUAAUCUGACAGGAGAGUUCUGGUCUAUACAGUUUGUAAAUGCCUGAGGAGUAGGGGAGGCACUAUCCAUAAGCUAGUCAGGAUCUAUACAAGAUAGAUACUUCACAAGAGAGAGAAGGGUUUUGUCUGAGCACAGGCCUGGGAUCCAGGAACUCCCAUGUUCUAGUACUGGCUCUGUAGCCUUAGUCUAGUCAUUGAGCUCUGCGUGCCUCAGUUUCCCCAUCUGUAAAACAAUAGGUAUAACUAUUUACUUGUCUGCUCCCUAGGGACACUGUGAGGCUUAAUCCAUGACAGUAAAGCACUUCUGGAGGUGAAUAGGUGCUAAGUAAUUAUUAUACAUGGGUCCAUCCUGGGACAGACCUGCCAUCUCCAGCUAUCUCCCAUCAGAGCACACAACAUGGUGCAAUUCUGAUUUUGUGACUGUCUCUAGGAACACCUGGUCCCAUCACAAAAUAGUGAGUUUGAAUUCUCAGGGCUGCCCUAAGUGUGCUGGCUAGCCUAUGCAGAUAAAUCCUACGGGGCCUUUCUGCUCCACCAGGGUAAAGCUUCCUCAGUGCAACCCUGAGGACAUACCAGCCCUAUGUUAGCUGGAAAUUUCAGUUAACCAGAGUGGCACUGAGCAGAGCCAAGUAAGAAAACUAAGACAGGGACUGUCAAUGCCAAUUGAAAUAAGGCUGGAGAGUGAUUUCUGAGGCACUCAGAACUAAAUGAUGUGGCAGAGAGACUCCUCUCACAGUAUCCUCCCAGGGCUGAGGCUUACCCACUUCCUCUACACAACCUCAAUUUUCACUGAAUGUUAAACAGUAGGGCAAACGUAACAUGAGUGCUUAAAUCAGUGAUUCUCCGCAAAGAUGGCACUGACAAGGGACCCUCCACCUGGAGUUUAGGUAACCUGCACCCUGGCUAGAGGUCUCACUUGUCAGAGACAAUGGCAUAGCCUUGAGCCUCCAAAGUGCUGAGUGCCCUCCAUUCUCAUUGCAAUCAACAGGAAAGACAUUUUACAGUAGGUGUUCAGCCCUUAGCAAGUCUUGUAGGAGCAAUAGCCUCUACGUAUUGGCCUAUCAAGAUGUGUAGCCUUAACUAGUAACACCUAAUAGCACAAGAAUAGUUAAUUUGUACAGGGCUAAGAAGACAGAUACAGCACAGAUAAUCUGAGACCAUGAACACUUAACACUAUUGAUAGUUCAUCUUCACCAUUCACAUUCAACUAACUACUCUAGACCCGCUACUGACCUAACAACUUCCAUCCUGGGAACUAAGCACUCCAGUUCCUGUGCUGAAGCACACUCAGCCCUGAAGAUUAGGGUAUGUACAUCCUAACAUUUGGUGGUGGUGCAGUGAACACACAGACAAAAGAGAGGGGUUGUUUUUUUAACCCCUGUUGCCUGGAUUAGGCAUCUUGUGGGGUCACCUGUUUGGGUCUCUUUCUAGGGAAGUGAGUGCAAGGAGGGUUGCUGACCACACUUUUCUAUAUGAACCGCUUCCAAACCAAUUAGUGGAGCCUCACUUAAGGCAGUCUCAGAGUUGGUUGUGCUGCACUUUCCCUUCAGGAAGAUAAUUUCUUUGGGGGUGAGGCAGCAGCCACCAGGCUAUGGACACUGGAUUAAGAUCCCAUUUCAAAGAAAAUAUGUGGCCUCUGGAAUGAUGCAAAGGGGUUUGCUCAAAGUCAGAUGCUAAACAAUGGCUUGUGCUGGAAAAGAUAGAAUUAAAAGUAGUAGGAACCACUUGAAUCCAAGACAACCAGAGUGUAUAAAACAAGAGGAAUAAUGGUUUUAUCAGUGAUUGAUGGAAAGCAAGAUUGGGGGCUGGCUAGGAAGGCAGCACUUAUAAGUAAAGAUGGAAGAAUUCCUGCUGCACUCAAACACCGCUCUUACAGAUUAAAUUCUGACUCCAAAUAUCUGUCACUGAGAGAAACUCUGUCAUUUUUCCUUGUAAAAAAAGAAAAAUAAAUGUUUUAAGUAAGGCUAACAAUUAACCAAAUACGUACUUCCUUGUUUAAAAAAGUUUGUUGUAUUAAGCAACUUCUGCUUUCACUGUGUCCACUGAUCAGCCUGAUGUUGAGAGGUCUGGUUUGAACACUUGUACAUGGUGAAACCAAGCUAAUUAAUUAAUUUAAUUAAAAUGCAUAUCUGUUGCUUCCUUACACUUCUGAUUGAAUUAACUUUUCCGUUGUUUCCAUAGGGAUACCUGCUCUGUAUUAAACCUAGUGCUUAACAAUCUCUUGCUCCUUUGUCUGUGAAUAUGGUUUAUUUGGAUAAGUUACUGUUCCAUUUGUUGUCAUGUGUCUAAUUAAACAUGGAAGGAA